GCCGCAUGCCUCUCGCCAGGCCGGUUAUCUGUACAGUACUUGUACUUCCAUGUUUGAUUCAACCCAUUGACUUUUUUUGGUCCCCUUGUGCGCCUGACUUGGGUACAAUUGGCACGUCGAAAAAGCUUUUUGACUGACCUCGAACCCUCGACCAUCAUUAUCACCACCGUCAACCAUCAAACAUCGCCAUUGCCAUCACUUGGGAUCAUCACCAGCACCGCCGUCACCAUUUAUUAGCAGCCCGCCAUCGCCAUCCCCCACCAUCAUCGCCACCUGAUCACCGUCAUCAAAGUAGCUAUUUAAGCAUCACCCUGGCAUCAUAAUCGCCUUCGCCAUUGCCGUCGCUAUCAUCACCUCUUCUCCUCGCCAUCCAUGGCUUCUCCCAUGUCCAUAUCUCAGCUCCCCAAUGAGCUCGUCUCCUACAUCCUCAACUUUCUCGAUGAACCUUCCAUUUUUGAGCAGUACCAAUACGAUGACCCAGCACACAUCCCAGGCCCCGAUGAUGUGCCCUCGUCUGAUUCCUUCCGUGGCACCAUCAAAAGCGCAUCUCUAGUUUGCCGCCUCUGGAGACGCUGCACCCUACCUCUACUAUUUCGAAAUGUCGUCUGGAGAUUUCAGCACAUGGCUCGUCCGUCCAGUGGCGAGGACCCGCUCAGCACCGUUGACGAACUCGAGUUUCUGCGCUUCCUUGUCAUGACUGGACUUUCACGAUACGUCGAUAGCCUCAGUAUCAUUAUCGAUUAUCCCGUGACGGAGAUUGGAGAGGACUUUAACCAUCACACUAAUUGGGGCAUCCUCCCAAGCCAUUGUCCUGCCCUGAUCCACCAAGGACCAGGUGGCGAUCUUGUUGCCGCCGGGCCAUCCUAUGACAACAACUCCAAAUGCCAGUCCAACAAUUGGCUCUGGCAGACCAUCUUCGAGCACCUUGAUCUGUUGACCAUCAACCUCAUCAGCUCUCCUGCUAUUCUCGCGUCGCUACUAGGUCGGCCAAUUAAUUUGUCGGGGUGCUGGAUCUUCCGCCAGAAAUUCCAUAUCCUCUCCCUUUCCAGAUCAGCGGACACACGUCAUCAAGUCACCACUCCAUCGAGCAACGCGACAGCACUGGCAAACACUUCAUUUGGCAACAGGGCACAGACAACCGUUCCUUGCUCCCUCUUCAGCAUUCGUCCGUGGGAUUCGAUGCUCCUUAACGAAGGGUCUUCAGUUAAGGUCUACGCAACAUACGAAUACUUCAACCACGUGCCCCCCUCCAUUUUACCUGCGUUACUGGAUUCCGGGGAUGAAUCCAUGCAAUAUCUCCUACGCAACUCCCUCCGCUCCCUUUCCUACGUCGCCAUCUUCCCGCUCGCCACACACAUAAACGACGUCCUGAUCCCUCGCGUCCCAGCUUUGGAAAAAUUCUACAUCCAGAUCGUGCCCCGAGCACCCAGCUUCGCUGAGGACGACUACCGCCAUCCCGCCAUGGACAUUUCAGAUCUGUGGAUGGAGCGAAACACGGCCUACGCGCAGCUCGUCAUGGCCAUCUUCGACCCGCCUCCCCUGGGCUCUUGGAGCAGCCUGCAAUACUUUGAGUCUGGAGAUGCCGUAGACAGGGAGGCAUGGGAACAGGCAGUACGAUAUGUGAUAUUCGCUGCGGGUGCAACUUGGAAGGUUGCUGGAGAGGGCAAAUUCGUCCGGAGGAACGAAAAAGUGCCCAUGGCGGUUCUCCAGGCCACUUAACGGCGAUUGUUAUAUCUUUUUUCCUUUUCUUUAUUUAUCUUGGGAUUAUCAAAGUAUUAUUGAAUAAUUAUUGCAUAGGUUUAGCAUAGGUAGUUUGUCGGAAUGGGUCGGAUUUUGGUCAUUGCGGGGUUUAUUUGCAGGAUAUGGGACAUGAGGCAUCUAUUGGGUAAUUCACACGGGCAUUGGAUAUGGGAAGGCAUCAAGAUUGCAAAGGAUACCAAAAAGCAUAUUUCUAUAUUUGGACAUCAAUGAAAUAUUACAUGUGAUUUUUGACAGGCAUCAUAAAGGGGGGCCGUCGGAGCUGUCGGUGUCAUCGGCAUCCUCGGUGGCUUUCGGCAUUAUAUAUAGUGAUUAGUUGCAUGAAUAAGCACC